UCGCCUCGCCUCUCUGUCACGAACAGUGCAGUCAUUGCUCUGCUCUGCCAUUCCCCUGAUCACUCAGAUUUUCCAUUUCCCCGCGAUUGCUCUGCUCUGCCAUUCCUCCUCCCAGCUCUCCUCCUGCUUGUUUCAGCACAACGCUCCCCCUAGAACUGAUUAGACUCACGCUAAGCAGGAGCGCCUGUGUUAUUCCUCGCGCUCUAUCACUAUACACUUUGCAGCCAGCCUUAUACAAUGGGUUCGUUCCCCCGUGUAGCCCUCCUAGCGAUUAUCGUGCUAUCAUGGCACAGCAGCAGUCUAGUGUGCGCACUUAAAGCCAAGGAAGUGAACCGCGCCGUCAACAGCAUCUCGCAACGGCCGGCAUACCAAGCGAUUCAUCAAUUCGUCGACGACUAUCUGAAAAAACAGAUCCCACUUACCGACAUAACCAUUCUUCUCCCAGCGAACAUCGCGGCGCUACAGGGCUACACCAAGGACCAGCAGACCGCCAUUCUCUCGUACAACACCAUCGCGACGCGCUACCUCUUCCGCAACCUCACCGACAUUCCCCCGGGUACGGAGAUCGACACCAUUGACGGCAACCUCGUCGCGAAGCGCGGCCCCAAGGGCCAGCCGAUCGUCACGUUCCAAGGCGCCGCGAAGCUGCCGACCGCGCUCCUCGUGCCGAACCUGUGGGUAGGUUCGGACUUCACGAUCCAGGGCACCAGCACGCUGCUGAUCCCCCCCGAUCUGGUCGCCGGGUCGGGAGCGAACACCGCUAGUAGCCGCGGCGGGAUUGGACGCGCAAUCGGCGGUGCUGUGAGGGGUACCGUCCGUGGCACGAUCGGCGGAGUUGCCUCUCUUUUCAGGCCCUCGCCUCGCCCGUAGAUGCUCACGCAAUGGGGCGCUAAAAAACUAAUGAUAUCUUAAUCUAGGAGGUGCGAUCAUAGAGGGGAACCUUAGGGUGCGUUCCUAAUUUCGUGUCUUAAACUUUCAAAAAGUCCUGACACGGGGGUAGGGGCAUGUCCCUGGUCCAUGAGUAGGUUUUAGUGGGAAAAUGGGUAGCUGCGCUCCAGCUCUCUAUUCUCGAGUGUGUAUCUAAACUAGGACACAUGUAUGCACAUUGCUAAUGGAAAAGCAACA